AUGGCGUUCAACUUCAACUGGUCGCCGUUGAUGGCGGACGCGGGUUUUUACACUCGCGCCCAAGAACUGCUAACUGCCGCCCUCAAUAAGUCCCCCAAACCGCCUAUCAUUGUCGAUGAUAUUAUCGUGACCGAACUUAACUUAGGCUCGAUGCCUCCCGACUUGGAAAUCUUGGAAAUCGGCGACCUUGCCGAGGAUCGCUUUCGUGGGAUUUUCAAAAUGUCUUACUCCGGCGAUGCCUUUUUGACGCUCAAGACCCGCGUCCAGGCUAAUCCACUCAAUACCUACCUCAUCACCCGACCUUCCUUUGCCUCACCGAAGCCUUUGGCUGCCGCUACCCCGCUUACUAUUCCCCUUCAAAUUACACUCUCCGAUUUUAAACUCUCCGGCUUCGUGAUACUGGUAUUCUCAAAACAAAAAGGAAUUACAGUCGUAUUCCGGAAUGACCCGCUAGAAUCCCUCAAGGUCUCAUCAACGUUCGACUCUAUUCCCUUUGUGCGCGACUUCCUGCAAAAAGCGAUCGAGGCACAACUACGGAUUCUCUUUAUGGACGAACUACCCGCUAUCAUCCAUCGGUUAUCGUUGCGCCUAUGGGUUCCAGAGUACCGCGAUGGGGAGGAUGCGCAGAAUCAGACCGAUAAUACCGAUAAGUCCGCGAGCGAAGGACCCGGCCAAGACCCGUUGGCGAGUCCACCCCAGGACCCUGUCGAUUCGCUCGGAAAUGCGCUGAACGAAACCGAAAUCGCGUCGCUCUCACUGGAUUCAUCUGUUGAAACCCAUUCCCUCUUCUCACAGAAGAACCUUCUUCGCCUCGCCGCUCUUACGGAUUCCCAGCGAACACUUUCCCUCUUCACACCCUCUAUCAACGAAGUUGUAUACCGCGCGUGGACAUCGCCAUCCGAUCCCAGCGAGUUUCCCGCCAGCGUUAUGUCCCCAGCGAGCCCGACCUUAUCGCGAACCCAUUCACAAGUUGGCAGCAUGUCGUCCGUCCAUGAGACUGGCAGUAUGAUCUCCAUGCAAAGUCGGCCAUCACUAUCAAGCCACUCGGUUAAUAGUUAUGGCCUCAGCCUGGGCACGGGACGUCACUCCAAGGCUCACUCCCGAAAGCGGAAGAAGCGUGUGGUGGAUUUGCGUCGCCCCAAGACAACUGACGACGCUAUGAGUGUCAGUGACGAUGGUACCCACACCGAGUCUACCAGCCCUCCCUCAAUCGCUUCUGCACCUCUUCCAGUCGUGAAUGAGAUGUCUGAUGACCCAGUGACACCUCCAUUGACUCCUGAAAUGGAUUCGCACCUGCCACCCAUUCCCGAACGCCACCGGAUGAGUAUCUCUCGACCGGCGCACCCUCAACACUCUUACACUCAGGAAACCAUCCGACCUUCCCGGGUUCCCGAUGUUGACGCUACUCCUCGUCCUUUACGUGCUAGCUAUCCCGAUGAAAAGGCCGAGGCUGGCCCUUCAUCAGGUACUACUCGACAGUCUUUACCUGCUACCAUCCUUCCAUUCAAGGAGGAGGAGAGUAAUAAGGACUCCGUUGAUCCCCGUCUUGUUGAAAGACUUGCUGGUGAAAUUGCGCGUCGAAUGCGCGAAGAUAAGCUCAUGUCGGCCAAUGCCUGUAGCAACUUCUGGACUCGCAGUCAAGACGAUGCGCCACCGGCUUAUGGCCACUGA